CUUAGUGCUCGUAGCCGGGCGUCCGCCUAGCCCCAAACAUGAGCAUGUGCUGUCGGGCUAGAUCUGAAAAGUCGGCUUGGUUCUUCACGAGGCUUGGUAACUCGCCAAAAUGACGAACACAAAGGGAAAGAGGAGGGGGACCCGCUAUAUGUUCUCCAGGCCUUUUAGGAAACAUGGAGUUGUUCCUUUGGCUACUUACAUGCGAAUCUACAAGAAAGGUGAUAUUGUAGACAUCAAGGGAAUGGGCACUGUUCAAAAAGGAAUGCCUCAUAAGUGUUACCAUGGCAAAACCGGAAGAGUCUACAAUGUCACCCAGCAUGCCGUGGGCAUCAUUGUAAACAAGCAAGUUAAGGGCAAGAUCCUUGCCAAGAGAAUCAAUGUGCGGAUUGAGCACAUCAAGCACUCUAAGAGCCGAGACAGCUUCCUGAAGCGGGUGAAGGAGAACGACCAGAAGAAAAAGGAAGCCAAGGAGAAGGGCACCUGGGUGCAGCUGAAGCGCCAGCCCGCCCCACCCAGAGAAGCACACUUUGUGAGGACUAACGGGAAGGAGCCUGAGCUGCUGGAGCCCAUUCCGUACGAAUUCAUGGCCUAAUGUACAAAAAGAAAUAAAGGACCUGGACUGUAAAGGGCUUUUCUUACGUUGAA